CAAGCAACAACACUUUAGUCUCUUAACGGUCACUACAUUCAAUGAGGCGCCAUGACGCGGGUGAUUCAGGAUUCGGAUGACGAGCUAGACGAUGAGCUGGAGGUAGACGUGCACCAUGUAGAAAAGGACGCGUCGUCAAAACACGCCAUCAGCAACGCUUCCUCUACAGAGGCCCUCCGACGGCAGAUUGAAGCGGCGCAUCGGGCACAUCUACAGUCUCAGCUCCCUGUACACGAAGGCCGAACACAGGCUAUCCCCGAUACGAAUCGCCGAAAGAGGAAGUUGUCAAGUGAGUUCGUGACGAACAGUGCGUUGAACGGUUCUUGCGGAGUGCAGUACGGUGCCGACAGUGGCCCUGUUGACGGGUUCCUCGGCAGCUUGCCCACUGGCCAGCAGCAUGUUCAACAUUUCAUCGGUCCAACUCCUCAACUUGCAGAAACACCCGACGGAGCGGAGUGGUUGCUGGAAGGCACUAUACGUGAGCCAUGUGCCCAACACAACCCAAGAAAAUCUUUCCCUGAGCCCUCAAGUACAGUGCCAAAUGCAACGCUGACGCAACAACGGAUGAUGGAAGGGGUACUUCCGCCAGCUCUCCUCGGCUCUGAGGUUGACAGUGGUAGAGUCCCCUUCGAACCAAAUGCCUCAAUACCAUGGUCAGAAUAUCUAAACUCGCCUCCGAAUGCUACGCAGCAUCCAAGGUCAUCCGCUGGGGAGCCCUGUGUUUCACAGAGCAUACUAUCGGGAUUCGAGACUGUGCAAUCGCACAAGAGGAGAGAAAUUGCAAGCCCUGGACCAAGCCUGGACGAAGAAUUAUCAAGCCCAGGGAUGCUCGGAGAACAGUACAAGCCACGCCCAAGUCGUUCAAGAUCCUCAAAAAUUGGCACACAAGAAGCUAUUGACUACUCUGUCAGACCUGAGAAAGCCGUGAGAGCGAACAGACGAGAAAGAACGACUCCUGCGGCUACAAGCGCGUUAAAUACGCCAAAGAGGAUUCGUCAAAUCUGCGACAUGGGAUUUACGCCUUCUACAAGUGCAAGAGCGUUGCGACAAAAUAACGGUGACGUCACACAGACUGUCAACUGGCUCGUUACCAACAAGGUCGCUGAAGAUGAACUUGUCGAUGACACCCCUCCAUUGCCAAAACUCAACAUUGAUCAUCCGGCGAGAUCCAGCGAAAUGCCGAAGGACGAUUGCGAACCUCAGGCAGGCACGUCUAGCGCCAAAUAUGCAGUAGCCACAGAUAUUGGUGCCAUGUCAGCUGCGAUGAAAGACAAGACGACUUGCGCGGAAGAAGUUUACAUGAUACCCGGGGUGGACCUUAGGAGCCCAUCUAAGGUGCAGGUGGUAAUACCUGCGAAGUCGCCCGGCAUCAUCAUAGAGCCCCAUCAUCACAGAGCCUUCGAAGGCAGAAGCAUCAGUUCAGAUCAACACGAGCCGGGAGCUACUACAAGUGUUAUAAAAGGAGUAAAACCUGGAAAGAAGCGAAGCCGAGGCCGUCCUGGAAAGAUUGUUGAGGCUCCUGCAUCUACGAUUCGGACCCAAAUGGAUGAGAAGGAGUGUCAUGGAAAGCAGGCUGAAGAUUUAGAACCUCUCUUGGACAAGGAUGUGCGGCCUCCAUCAGUGCAGAAUCAAGGAAAGGAGGGCACAGCGAACGCGGCGACUACGAAAGUCGGGCAAGAAUCUAAGGGUACAAGAUCGGGCGAUGUAGUAGUCGCCACAUUCACCAGGCGGUCUACACCUGAACGUGCGGUUCUUCCAGAUCGUCCUGACGUCGAGCCUAUCACUCCAGAGCGCAUGAAGAAGAUCGCGCCUCGAGAGCAGCCUUCAAGCAACAGGGCAAAAGUGACCUAUCGUGUGGGGCUCAGCAAGCGGGCGAGGAUUGCUCCGUUGUUGCGAGUGGUGAGGAAAUAAUUCUAAUAGUGCUAGAUCUAUAUUCGCUGCUGGUGUCUUCACCAGCUAACUAAGCUUGAUGUCAUGUCUUACUCGACGAUAUCCACUUUUAAAUUAUUCAAUGGCGCAAGUUCUCAAGAAGCGUCUUGGAAUGUACACGUUUUGGUGCGCC